AAAAGGAAAGAGAUCUCUCCAUCCUUAACAAUCCAAAACUGAAAAACACUCUGGCAUCUCGUGCUUGAACGACCGAAGUAAAACUUCAUCCACCAUAAUCCUUUGAUACUCGAUAGUGGCUUCACCACAGCAGCAAACGAAGCGACUAUGGAUGACCUCCCAGGAGAAAUUUUAUCAGAAAUAUUCAUCCGGUUAUUGGCAAAACAGCUUGCUCAGUGUGUUAGGAGUUUUGGAUGGAAAGCUUUGUGUGAUGUCAAGGGCUAAAGGUGAGAGAUGCGAGGUGUGGGUGAUGGAAGAGUAUAGGGUGGCUGAAUCAUGGGUCAAACAUCAUGUUUUUUCACAGUUUAGAGCCAAGGUUAAACGCAUAGAUACUCCGACUACACAUGUUGGCAUGAUUAAAAUUCUCGAGUAUGUGGACAGUCUUGUUUGGAUAGCACCUGUUAAGCGUGAGAUCAACUAUUUCAACAUCUCUGAUCACUUUGCAAGAUUGAAAAGAGGCUUCAACAUGAUAGUGAAUGGUUUGUGUCAAAUACUUAACUUUAGUGUAUAA